UGUUUUUCGCUCUAGAAUGACUCAUCUCGAUUGAGUCGCGAUGUUUGGAGCCCUGCAAAACGUGAUCAUACGCAGAAUGAGUAGCGACCGGGCAGCGAUCGAAAAACUGAGGGACCUUUUUGCCUCUGGCGUCGAAUCAGUGAAACCCAAAUCUCUGUUUCAACACUGUGCCGCACGGGAGGACCUCCAACAGAGCCUCACUCACGAUGGCAAGCGCUACCAUGUGGUCGGAUUCGGUAAGGCCGUCCUGGGUAUGGCGGUACAGAUCGAGAAGCAGCUGGGACCGAGACUCUGCAGUGGCUGUAUAAGCAUACCGAUCGGCACCAGCGAACGUUUUGGCGUCGGAGAUCCGGACUUCCGUCUAUCCCCGGACAGUGUGCUAGAGGUCAUAGAAUGCGCCCGAAAUAAUCUACCGGACGAGGGGGCUGUGAUGGCCGCGACGAAGAUACGAUCCAUCGCACACGCUAUGACCGAGAACGACGUGCUGUGCGUGCUGAUAUCUGGCGGUGGUUCGGCACUCCUGUGUCUUCCCAAGAAACCGAUAACGUUGGAUGAGAAGCUAGACAUUAUCAGGGCUCUGGCGAGUGCGGGCGCCACAAUCGCCGAGCUAAAUUAUGUAAGAAUCGUCCUAUCCGAUGUGAAAGGUGGUCAACUGGCAAGGGCUGCGAGCGGUGCAUACCGGCUCUACUCGUACAUCAUAUCGGACAUUGUAGGUGACCCCAUUGAGCUGAUAGCCAGCGGACCUACCAUCGUCAACGUCGGGUGCGAGAGGAAUGUACAGCGGAACGCGCGCGAAGUGCUAAUGAAAUACAACUUAUGGAACCGUUUGCCAGCAUCCGUGGCCGGAGUUUUCAACGAACCGGGUCUCACCGAGCACGGUACCGGUACCGGUCCCGGUGGUAGCCCUUUUCUGCUGGGUAGCAACACCGUGGCGAUAGAUUGCAUUGAAAAACGAGCUUCAGCGCAAGGUCUCCGUUGUGUGGUUUUAUCGAAAAUGAUCGAAGGUAAUGUGGAGCUCGUCGGCGGCAUGUACGUGGCGUUAGCGGAACACAUUUUUAAUCUCAAAACGGACCUCAUAACCGAACAGGAGUUCAAAGGUAGGGUGUACGCCUUGCUUCAAGGACUCACAUAUCCAGAUCUGCAACCGGAAGAGUUUAUGGCCGAAGUGAUCCGGAGCAAACAGGAGAGUCUAUUGAUUGUUGGGGCUGGGGAACCCACGGUGCAAAUCAAGGGGACGGGAUUGGGCGGUAGAAAUCAAGAACUUGCUCUGCGGUUCUCUUACGGUGUACGGACACUGUCGAAUGUCCCGGAGCGGGUUUACUUCCUGUCCGCCGGUACGGACGGUAUCGAUGGGCCAACUGAUGCCGCAGGAGCGAUCGGUGGUGCUUGUGUCGCUCGAGAACGCGAAUUGCAGCAGAAGGGAGUGAUCGAUGGUAUGCAUUACGUCGAGCAGAAUGAUUCUUGCCGUUUCUACGAAACGUUGGCCGAUGGUAAAUACUUUGUGAAAACGGGGCAUACGGGCACAAACGUGAUGGAUGUUCAUUUGUUACUUUUUGAGUCAAAUGACAAUUAACCCACCAGUGCUUUUCAAGCGGGAAAGUACAUUAAG